UGGUGCCAGGAGGAACUGGUGGGUGAAGUACAGAAGGAAAGAGGAAACAACCUGAAGGGAACACAAGAGACUGCAACAAAACACCUGGAUUAAAAGUGGGAGGACAUGCUUUCUAAGACCAAACAGUGAGGUUGGGCGCUUUUUGGAAAUGUUCGGCGGAGGUAAAGCGAGAUAACUACCGCCACCCGAAUCCGCUCAUCGAAGUUUUUAGCUGAAGAAGUUUACAACGGCUCGGCUAACCACUAACGCUAUCACCGGGGCUGUCGUCCACUUCUGACACAGACCUACACAUCAAACAAAGAAAACAUGGUGUCCUGGAUAAUCUCAAGAAGCGUUGUGCUGGUGUUUGGGACUCUGUAUCCUGCCUACUACUCUUACAAAGCUGUCAAGACCAAAAACGUCAAGGAAUAUGUGCGAUGGAUGAUGUACUGGAUUGUUUUUGCACUUUACACAGUGCUGGAGACCAUCACUGAUCUCACACUGGCAUGGUUUCCCCUGUACUACGAGCUAAAGAUAGCCAUCGUGAUUUGGCUGCUGUCCCCCUACACACGAGGAGCAAGUCUCAUUUACAGAAAGUGUCUGCACCCGCUGCUCUCAUCCAGAGAGAGGGAAAUAGAUGAGUACAUCGUGCAAGCGAGAGAAAGGAGCUAUGAGACGAUGGUCAACUUUGGCAAACAGGGCCUGAGCAUUGCAGCCACUGCUGCUGUCACUGCAGCUGUCAAGGGUCAGGGGGCCAUCACAGAGAAGCUGCGCAGCCUCAGUAUGCACGACCUGACUCAGAUCGGUCAGCAGGAGGAGAGAGGAGGAAACCAGCUCUACCCGUACAGCUCCCGUGCAGCCAACCCCGCCAUGAGGAGAUCCCAGAGCAGUGAUGCCGCAGACGAAGCUGAGUAUUAUUACGACCAGGAGGAAAGGACGGAUGAAGAGGCAGAGCCGACGUUCUCUGAAGAUGAGGCGGUCACUCAGAAAGGACUCAGACGAUCACAGAGUGUAAAGAUCACACGCUCCAGAGUCCGCAAAGAUGCUCGUUACGGAUCCCUGAAGAUUAAAAGUAAGAAGAGACCAGCCCUGAGCUCUGUGAACUACGGACUGUGAAGAAACUACUGCUCACUCAUUCAUUCACAGCAGAGCAGCCUGCUGAUUGGUAGAUGGUAUCGUUAUCUUUUGUUCCAGCCGUUCUCGGUCUGAUUUUAGAUUCUGCUGAACUCUUCUCCCUCUGGAGAUGAGUUUCCUUUCUUCUUUUUCUGUAUUUAUUACCAACUUCAUCCAGAAAUAAUCAGAGCCAGUGACCAUUAAACUGGUGACCAUCAGAUGACCAGUGACUCUUUAGGAACCAGUGAUUGUCUUUUUCAGGACCGCUGGUUCUCAGAGAACAUUUAACUUAACAUUUGACUAUGAGAUGUUUUUUCUUGGGUUUUUAGCAAACAUAAUGUCUUCUAGAUGGGCCCAUGUCGGCUUCAUCUGUAUUUCAUUGUAGUUUAUGUGUAGUUUUGAUGUUUUAUAUGUGUAGUUUUGAGGUUUUUAGAGUCAUCUGCCCACUUUGGUCUUUUUGCUUUAUUUUAUACAAACCUCUUGUACCAUCACCACCAAUAAGGCUUCCUUUAUUUAUAAAAGCACAGGCUAAAAGUUACACACAUAUGCAUUGCUUAAAACCAUUUACCAAUCUUUAAAGUUAAUGGUAAAUAUAACAUUUUCUUUCAGUGAUGGCGCUGAUUGGCUUUGCUUACAGUGAUAAGUUGAUUUUUAGCUCGGGUUUUAAUGUUUUAUCUACUUUUAUCCAAAUUAAUUUAUACAGACAUCAAUAGAUUGUUGCUGUAUUAUCACAGGUGGGAGCCAGUGUGUCUUAGCAUGGAUGAGAUCCAUUGUUACCAAAAUUUUACUAAUGCAAGUUUUGAUUAUGAAAGUAAUGGAAAUAGAAUCACUUUGAUACACAUGGUAUUAAAAUGUUUAAGCUCAAAAGGAUAAAACAUUAUAACAAGUUAGUUGUUUAUAAAGAGAGCCUUAUCAUAACAUGGUACUGGGUUUAUGGCGCUGCCUUUCAGGUAUUUUAUAAACUAGAAACUCUUAAAGAACUGACACUCUGGUAGAAGUCAACCUUAUAUUUCAGCACAUUAACUGAGGUUAUUUUAACGCUGAGUGGCACAUGGAGGUUAACACACUAUGCAACAUUCCCUGUUUCAGCAGUGACGGUAUGAGAGACCAGCAGGAAAACCUACAUUAACAUCUAAACAUGACAGAGCUAAGUUUUAGGGCCUUAUUGAACACCUGGCCCAAAGUGUCUUGGUGUGCAGCGCAGCACUGAUGUUCAAAUAAAUGAAAGUGCGCUCUCAGUAGCAUUCAUGGGUGUGUUUGUCUUUACACGAGGAGAGAUCCCAGGCCAAACUGCAAAAAGAUGCAGAAAAUGACCACGUCUUUGACUGGACUGGUGGUUCCCAAUGUUUUUUUUCUUAGAAAUCCCUGUACUCGUAUCGAAGGGGUGCACUCACACAAGGUAAUCUGUACUCAUACCAUGCUAAAGCCAUCGGACCCCCUCUCCUGUCCCCCUUUUGGCCUGCACUCACCAUGCUAGAGCAGCAUGCUAGAAGAAGCUGUUUUACUUGCACAAGUACUGCAGUUGAGAACCAAAUCAAAUGAUAACUCUUACUAGGACUGAUCAGUAAAGAACUACUUGUGAUUUUAGCCCAGAAUCAUCACACUGUCUAAGAGAAAGAACAGCUGACUGAGGCUUGUUUCACAGUCAUGUGUCCCAGUUAGAAGAUUUAUUAGAGUCUUCACAGGGUGUAGAACUGUACAUGCAGGAAAAAAUGUGCACAUGCAUGUGGUUUCUAUAAGGAGAGACAAGAUAAAUACAGUAAUUACGGUCAUGAAAUUAAGAUGGCACUAUAAGACCAAAUGCUCAUCCUUAGAUUACAAGAAUAGCCCUCAACCAGAGCAGGCAAUUAUUUUACAAUCAAAUUGACGAAUUAGAAUAUUUUCCCGGGCCUUUUUUACACUAUCAUUAUCAUCUUGACUUAGAAGACACAUUUCUAUAAACUGGUGUUUUUCAACCGCUUUUUUUCAGUUUGCUUUCUCAGAGAUUUUAAGCUUUACGACAUUGCAAAUUCAUGACUUCGGAAACUUCAAGAUUCAAAAUUUACCCCUGUCUGGACUAAGUCUUGUUUCUUGUAAAGAUACAAUUUUACAACUUCAAAAACUUGAUUUUUUUUUCUAAGAAAUGGCUUUUUUUCCCUAAAAAUUUUAACAAAUCAUUUUUAUUGUAUUAUCUUGUCGGGUGGCCCUCAUACGCCAUCGUAAAUUAUGUUUCAAAUCAUCAUUUUAUAAAAUAUUUGCACAUCUAAUUUAGACUACAUCUGAGCAGACAGAGCCCCAUGCCCCUUCUGAGAUCUUUAGUGCCCCCCUGGGGGUGCCUGGACCCUGGGUUGGGAACCAAUGCAUUAGAGAAUACAGCCAAGGAAUCUAGCUGAGAAAAUCUGUAAAUGAGUUUUUCAGCCUACCUUUGUUUCAUGAUGAACUCACUGAAGAUUAAUCAAAAUAGAUGUUCUCCAUGUGUUUUUUUUUUUACGUUUCUGAUGUUGUGGGAAGCAUCAGGUAAAAUAACUAAAUAUAAUCCUCCAUCAGCAUAUUUCAUGCAGUAUCCUGUGUGUCUUCAGAAAAAGGUUAGUCUGCUAGAGUUAAGUCUAUUCAAAAAUAAAAAAUAAAAUCUGCCAAUGCACCAGCCUGUAGGUGCACCUGGCUCUUAAAGGGAAUGGAGCAGAUAUCCUGAUUGAUUUAAUGUCACUCCCAAACACACCCAUGUAGAAUCAAGCCACUUAAUCAGACUUGUGUUCUGUUUGAAUAAUGUGUAGGCAGACAUGCCCCAAAUCACUUUGUGCCACGUUCUUAAGACUGUGUUCUUUAUACCAUCAGAGUAAGGCCCUUAGCAUUUCACACAGUGAGAGAUGAAGGAAGGAGAAUGACAAGAUGGAAAGGGAAGAGAAAACCAAAUAAAUACCCGACACUUACAGCAUUUGUUUGAUAUCUGCUGCCUUUAAAAAGGCCGAGAACUCUCAUUCACUAAUAAUAAUAACUUCUUUUAUUCCCGCUUUGUACGCCUGUUUUAUAAGGUUACAGGUCUGGUUGUAAAUUUCUGAUUGAAGAUAAGACGUUUUUCUUUUGUGUGUUUGUGUGUACUACCUUUAAGACUCUUUUGUAAUGUAACCACCUGUUUUUGCACAUUUACCUCCUCCCAAACCUUUUUAUCGAUGCUGUUGUUGUGUGUCAUCUCAUUUUUUUAAUGUUUUUUUGCUUUGGGAGAUUGCAGCUCACAGCUAGUACCAACAGACUUUCAUGACAGGACAACGUUUGGCUUGUUUUUGUCCUCGGUGCUGCACUGGUGAGAUGUAGAGCGUUUCAUCAGCAGUUGCUGGGUUUUUGACAUUAACCUUAUUUGGAGACUGUUUUUGGGAAAUAAAACCACAAAUAAUGCUCCAUAUAAACCCCUCAUACAAAAAACAACUGGGUCAUCUUCUGCUCAUGCUUGCAAGAGUUGCGGUGAAAAUUUUGAGUCAAAAAUUCCCAAAGGAUUUUAAAUUCCCCCGUACGAGGACCAAUCAGUGUCACUGGUGACAUGGCAGGUUCAUUUGACUCUGCCAGCCAAACCUUCUCAAGUCAUGGCGUUCAUUUUUAAUGCUCAUAACUGACUAAUGAUACCAAAGCUUGAUGUACUCACUAUGGGCUGUGUGGCUGCUGGGGGUUUUGAUUUGUGUUGGGAAAUGUCUGGAGUGUGUGUGGGUUGUAAAUGCAAUAAAGUCAAUCAUGUCUGAUUGUUACAAGGGCAAUAAAAUAGUAUGUCUGUGGA